AGUAUUUUAUACAGUAUAAUACCUAUACAUCAUAGAUAUUUUAAUACUAUAUAUUGCAAUAUCAACUAUCAAUUUCGAAUCGCGGCGCUAGUUGCGGGCCCAUCUUAAAUGUUAGGUUCUCGUGCUGUCGCUGUGGCCUGUGAAUACUGAAUUGUAAUUUGUUGCCGAAUGCCGAUGGUGCAGGAGCAGAACUCUGUUUGUAUUUUAUAGUCGGUAAUUUGUUUAUUUGUUUGCACUUUCACAGUUAGGCACCUAGUACCCACCACGGUUAGCUAGUUACUCAAAAUCAUAAGCAUUUAGUACUAUAUACCUUCAACGGAUCCGUCAAAUCUGUUUAUCGUGGUUUCAUUCCAACGGCUUUUCGAGAGACUCACAAAAUAUAUAAUUUAUCAUUGAGUACAUUUAUCUGCAUAAAACAUACAAUGAGUGUAUCGGGAGAAAAUACUGUUGAUGUAGAAGAACCGGAACAGUUCAGGAAAUUAUUUAUUGGUGGACUUAACUACACUACUACAAAUGAUUCAUUAAAAGAAUUUUUUGAAAAGUGGGGUGAUAUUGUGGAUGUAGUUGUUAUGAAAGAUCCUGUCACAAAAAGGUCUCGAGGUUUUGGUUUUAUUACAUAUUCAAAAUCUUCAAUGGUAGAUGAUGCUAUGGCCAAUAGACCACAUAAAAUUGAUGGUCGUGAAGUAGAAACAAAACGUGCUGUACCUCGUGAUGACAUAGAUAAACCUGACAUAGCAUGGACUGUAAAAAAAAUGUUUGUUUCUGGAAUUAAAGAACAAUCUGAAGAAGAUUUAAAAGAGUAUUUUGGACAGUAUGGAAAUAUACUUAAUAUUCAAAUUAUUACAGACAAAGAGACUGGUCAACGUAAAGGAUUUGGAUUCAUUGAAUUUGAUGAUUCAGAUUCAGUUGAUAAAGCUGUUUUAAUCAAAAGUCAUGAAGUUUCCGGAUCUAAAUUAGAAGUUAAAAAAGCUGUUAGUAAAGAUGUAGCAUCAGCUUCUAGAGGCCGUAGAGGUGGUCGUGGUGCUAGUAGUGGAAGAGGACAAAAUUGGGGAGGACCAAAUAAUAAUUGGGGAGGUAACCAUUUUGGGGGAUAUGGCGGUGGAAGCAGUGGUGGUGGUUGGGCUCAAGGCGGUCCUCAAGGCUGGAAUAAUGUUUGGGGUAGUCAAGCUUCUCAAGGUGGUUGGGGUAAUGGAGGAGGUAAUUGGGGAGGUAGUCAAAGUGGAUAUGGUGGAGGACCAAUGCGAGGAAAUUUCGGUAACAAUAGAGCAGUACCAUAUCAUACAGGUCGAGGUAGUGGUAAUUUCCAUCAAAAUUCGAGAGGAAGGUAUUAAAAGCAGGUUGCUGAAGCGAAGGCUGGUAGGAAUCAAUAACCAUCAAAUUUUUCUCCUUCAACUUUUGGGUAUUGAACUAUUCGAAUGAUGUUUUUUUUCCGACAAAAACUAUCUGCUCUUCACAUGUUGACACUUAAUGCCAUUUAUUAUCGCUAUUAAAUUAUGUUAGUACAAUAUUUUGUUUAUCAUAUUCAUUAUGAUUUAAAAUUUAGGUGAAAUAAGUUUAAAACAUUUUAUAUACCUGCUCUAUAUAUACAUAUAUAUAUUUUUUUAUUUAAUUAAUUAUUGUUUUUCCAAUAUCAUUUUUAAAAUUUAAAACACUGGUUAAUUGAAAUGUAAUACGUUUUAUUUAAUGGUGAAUAAUUUUUGUGUAACUAUAUUAUUAUAUUAAUAAAAUAAAAAAUACCCAGUCUUUAUACAGGGACCAGAAUACAAUUGUUGUUGACUCAAUAAAUUUAAUGAUAAUUCACAAAACAUUUUUUUAUUAGAAGGAACAUUUUUAUUAAUGCUUAAGUAUGGUAGGCAUAAUUUCUACUAUAUUGGAACAGAUCGUAAGUAGUGUACAUUGUUAUGUUCUAAAAUUCUGUAAAAUAUUAUUAUUAACGUCAUUAUUUCCUCAUGUGUUUUAUUUUAAUCAUAUUAAAGUGAAAUCUCUAUUUAUCAACGUCUCCCAAUUAUUGAAUAUUUUAACAGAUUUUUAUUUAAACCUGUUAUACCUAUGUGAUCUUACUACUCAGAAUAGUGAAUUCCUUUCAACAAUACACAUUUUUGGCCACCAUCGUUAUGUUUUAUAGAGGUUUCACUAUCAAUAGAUGAUUAGUUAUAGAUUGUGGGUACAAGAUAUUAAAUUAGGCAUUUAAUGCAGACCAACAUAUUGAGACUCCUAUCAACAGCGUAGGACUUAGGUCCCCCGGUUCCAAGAUAGUAAGUUUCUUAGGCAAAUACUCAAGUAAUCAGUUUUCGACUAAUCAAGAGUUUAUUGAUACAUGCAUUUACAGAGUUUUGAAAUUAAACUGACAUAAUCAAAAAGAUGACAAUGUAAUUUGCAAUGUAACUGUAUUUUGGUUUAAAAGAGGUACAUAACAUUUACUUCAUAGAAAAUAGUUCAAAAUGUACAUUAUACCUGGGUAUAUAUCAAAUCAUUUUGUUUUGAAGUAAGUGCUUACAAUAUUAAGUUAAUCAAUGAAAAAUGUUAAGAUGUUAUAACUGACAGUUAUUUAAUUAAAAAUACAUUUGUUAUUUUGUUAAUCUAUUUUAGAAGUUAACAUAAAAAAUAAAUGGUUAUGUAAUAAAAUUAUUUUUUACCCAAAUUCCUGUGGGAAACUUAAUUUUAUAAAUUUUACACUAUUCUGUCCAGCGAGAGAACAUGUCGAUUCUGCGCAACCCUCCGCGUUACUCUACUACUAAUUUUGGUCGGUCUGCAGUGUGUUCUCUCGCUGAACAGAGUAUGUGUUAAUAUUUUUUAAGUAUGACUAAGAUUUUAUUUUUAUAAAUAUGUCUAUUUGCAAAUAUGUAUAUAAUUCUUCAUUUAAGCGAAGAGAACUUAAUGUUAUACAUAUUAAUAAUUAAUAUAAAAUGUUUUUAUUGAAACUAAAUAAAUGCAAUUUAUAGUUUAUAUCAUACUAUUUAUAGUGUUUUAUAAACAUAAUAUUUGGGUUUUUCUCUGUGAAAAACUACUGAACAAAUUUUUAAUUAAUAUAAUGUUUUAAAUUGUAUAGAAUUUAAUAUUUAUUGUUAUAUAUCAUCUACUGACAAAUAUAUGUAUAUUGAAUGCCGUUUGAUUCAUUUCUCCACUUAAAUACAAAACUAUAUUUGGAUCUGAAUAAUAGUUCAAAAACUUCAUUUUUAAGAAAUAUCCACAAUUCAAGUAUAUUUUAAUGUAAGAUUAGAUUAACACUUUUUUUGUUUUAUAAAGUAGCGUACUUAGAUUGUAUUUGUUAUAAUAUUUAAUUAGUAAAGAAAUGAUAUUGAGAAUUAAAGUUCUCUGGUGGAGGAUAGCACCUCUAAAAUGCCACUAAAUUGAUAUUAAAUUAUUAUUUAUUUGUAUUGCACUUAAAAAUCUACAGUAAAAAGUAUAAAAUGAUAAUAUUAGGUAUGUUUUCUACACAGAGUAAAUAUCUUUACUUUUUAUUGUUUGAUAUUAACCAUAAUAUAAGUUAAUAAGUGUUACAAAUAGGUUACUUCAAAUUAUACUUGUUUAAAUUAACCAAUUUGACAAUUUUGUGGAUUUGAAUUUCUAAUAAUUUAGUAUCUUGACUUUACUUUAGGAUAUUGUUAAGGUAGUACAUAUUAUGUGUAACAUUAUAAAUACAACUUCAUCCAUCUUUAUAUUUUACCAAUUAUAAUUGUAAGAAUUUAAAUGAGGUUAAUGAAAUUUAGAGUUCUUGAUUAAAUGUGUAUUUGUACAGAUGUUAUACCAGUAUAUUAUUUACAUUAAUUUAAACAUUUUAUAUCUUAUCUUGAUAUGUGUUUUAAAUUAACCACUAGAAUCUAUAGCUGUUUAAUAUGGUGUGUGUACGUGGUAGGUGUAUUUUCAAGUACUUAUCUAUAUAAACAAAUAUCCAGUUAUGAAAAUUAACAUAUUUUUUCUGUAUAGCUACCAAUUUUUUAGAAAUUAUAUUUCUUAUUUUAAUAAUUAUUACCUUUUUAAAUAUUUUUUCAAUUCUUUUUUUGAUUAACAAUCUAUAUUUUAUAUCAACUCAUUCAAUGAAAUAAUUUAGUAGUAUUAGGUAAGGUUUAUUAGCCAUUUAACCACCAUUUAUAUGCUAUACAUUGUUACUUUUUAAUAUUUUAUCGAAACUUGGUGUUAGCGGAAAAUGUCGGAUGUGUAGUCGGUUAUGGGAUAUUUGUUAUUUUGUAGAUUAUACAUUUAUAACCAUUAUAAUCCGUAGGCUCCAUGACCUGCGUAUUAAUUUUCAUGAAUAAUUUUAAUUAAAAAGCGCUUGUCUGUUGUUUGCGGGAGUGAAGCUUUAACUGAAUCAUUAUUCAUUAGUGCAUUACUACUUCCUAAUUAUUAGUUACUACAACUGCAUUUUCUGUUGUUUUACGUUUUACACUUGUUCUGCAGAUGGAAAACGUAAGCAUAAUAAUAUACGAAAUGUUAAUAUUAUUUAACCAUGUGUUAAUUGUCUACUUAAAUAUUAAGUAGUAUACUAGUAUGUACUAUCCGAUCAUACCUAGGGUAGGUAUACAGAAUAUGUUAUGCAUCAUGCAUACUAAAUAUUUCAAGGUAUAAUGCUAUUGACUAUUGAGUAUAUAAUAUAGUUUAAGUUUUAGCUUGUUGCGAUCAACGUGACUACGUUUCUUCAUUUUAUUAUUCACGAGUCGCCGGCUCGCCGCCAAUCCACCACUGCUUGAGUAUUGGGCACGUCAUGUUAUUAUCGACGACUAUACACAAUUUUGGGUUUGUUAGCCGGCGACACUGGUAUAGCGAUUCAGAGGUACCACUCUGAUGGGCGCGCCACGGCUUGUACAGCUUGUAAAACUUUUCGUUGCGGCCUCCGGCGGUCAGACGUGUGUACUCAUUUUUUUGAUACAAUAAUAUUGCCGCUUGGGGGCGCUGCGCAGAGUUACUCGGCAUCGGCACUUCUCAUUCGUCGACGACGUUUUUCCCGUUCACCUUCCAUUUUGUGAGCACUGAGCAAUAUUCCUCGUGCUCGAUUAUUCUGUAGUCUGUACUCUGUCUCACCGUUCAAUAAACGUAAAGCGAACGUCAUCAGUAUCAGUCUACCGUCCAUAUUUGCUGCCGCCGUGUAUUUUUUUCCUGUCGGCCCAUUAACGUUUUCAACAGCCGUCGUUGGAUUACAUUUUCAUCGGCGUGUUUGAGUCCGCGGUUGUCGUUUUCUUCGUCUUCUC